AUGUGUUACACGUGUUAUAUUUUUCAGAAUGGUGACGCGAUGGCUGGCCAUCUACACGAGGAAAUGCGCGUGAUCAGGACAGUCAUGUCGAAGUUCGUAAAGAUGCACGUGAUAAAGAGCGCAGCUGAUGUUACGAAGGUGGACUACGCAACCCGCCACAACCAGCAUGACGAUGAUAACAUCGGCGUUGGUCAGGACGCUCGUAACUACAUGAAGAGUGAUGACGUCACAUCACAGACAAAAGCAAAUUUCUUCAGUAAGGUCCGCGCCUUCUACAUGGAAAUGACGGAGAAGAUGUUGAGCAAGUUCCCCGUGAACAACCCUAUCCUCAAGAGCCUUGGCUUUCUGCGACCAGAGCUCAGAGACAGCACUCCUGCUAAAUCCGUCUGCGACCUGGCCGUUCGCCUUGGGAGUCGGGACGGUUGAUGCCAUACAGGAUGAGUUUGUAGACUAACAGUUGAUAGCGCACAGUUCACGCCCCGCCUACAAGAAUGG